CUGUACGGCACGCAGGAUGGGUCAAUCUGUGUGCACGUUGUCAUACUCUACAGCGCCUUCAGUCAACGCGAACGGAAAGGCUGCUCGAGUGACGGGUGGAACAUUACAGCUUUGCGGAUUUGCCUGUUUGGAAAGCAGGAGCCACCGGUCGGACAACAAUCCGAUGAAAAAUAAACAUCUACCAAGGCUUAAAUCGUACCAGCGGCGUCACGCGUUUGGAGUCGAAGGGGAUGUGCUUGAGGCGCGCGGAGACAUAGACGGCCAGAGGAAGUCGUGCGACUCACAAACGGAUCGCACCGCCGCCUGCACGACUGCUCGCGGUCACGCACGGGCUUCCGCGCGUUCUGUCGCGAACUUCAAAGGAGUUUCGACGGAGGAAACAACUGUAGCAAUCGAUGCGUGCUUCAGUAACGCCGGUGCGCUCGAGCGGGCCGAUCUCACCGAUACACAAUGCGGAGAACGAGCAGCUACAGAGAAGCAGAAUCAUGAGUGGAGAAGCUCAACCCGGAGCAUGGAGGAACCCAGAGAAAGAGACCUCAAUAUAAGUGGGGUUGGUUUCGAUGGCACAGCAGCACUAAGGCUGUUCACACCUAUACGCACUGGCCCAUUUACAGAGGAAAAUAAAACGGUUCCAGAGCUACAUAUUCACUCUUAUGUCGCCAACAGGCUCCUCGUUCCUUCACAUAUGACCAAAACUCCACCGACUGAAGAAGCAUCUUCACCGGGAGAAACGCCUCUGGACUUUACGCACAGAACCAAGGACCAAAACAACACCCCCAUCUGUCCUGAAGAGGAAUGCGUCCAUCGCCAUGGUUUAAUGGAGUACCACAGCUUCCCCGGAACAAUUCCGAGACUUAUUGUGACCCACGAUCCGAGCCCCGGCCAAGCCGAGGACGUGGAGGUCACCGAGUUUCCGCUGAGCUUCGGGGCUUUAUCUCUGGACCUGCAGUCCGGUCACGAGUCUCCGUGCUCGGACAGUGGCUGUGGAGGCUCCCCUGUUCCCCGCGUUUCCCUCCGAAAACUCUCCAGCUCAUCCUCAGCUGGACUCUCGUCCGCGUCCUCCUUCGAGGAGUCAGAGGAUGACAUAACCGGGAGUGACGUCGAGCCCUCCGGCUUGUCCCCGAGCACGCGCCUCCCGUUCGGCAGCCCGGAACAGCUGUCCCGGCCAAGAUCCUGGAGGAAGUUAAAAAGCAUGGUGCACAUCACACCCUUUGUGGUGUCCUAUAAGAAGCACUACCCGUGGGUGCAGUUAGCCGGCCAUGCAGGUAAUUUCCAGGCAGGAGAAUAUGGACGGCUGUUAAAGAAGUACUGUGCAUGUGAGCAACAGUGCCUGGAGAAGCUGAUGUCCGACUCGCUCAGGCCGUACGUUCCCGGCUACUACGGCGUCGUACGGAAAGACGAUCAGGACUACAACCUGAUGGACGACCUGCUGGCUGACUUCAACUCUCCGUCCAUUAUGGACUGUAAGAUGGGCAGCAGAACAUAUUUGGAAGAGGAACUGGUGAAAGCUCGCGAGCGGCCCAAGUUGAGGAAGGACAUGUAUGAGAAGAUGGUGGCGGUGGAUCCGGACGCUCCGAGCGCAGAAGAGAAGGCUCAGCAGGCCAUACUGAAACCACGCUACAUGCAGUGGAGAGAAACUCUCAGCUCCACAGCCACGCUCGGCUUCCGCAUCGAAGGAAUCAAGAAAGCAGAUGGCACCUGCAACACCAACUUUAAAAGGACCAAGUACAGAGAGCAGGUUAUGAAAGCCUUGGAGGACUUUGUGGAUGGAAAAACACAGAUCCUGAAGAGUUAUCUACUGAGGCUAGAGGAACUGCGAGGAGUUCUAGAGACAUCGGAGUUAUUCCAAACACACGAGGUGGUGGGCAGCUCUUUGCUCUUUGUCCACGACACUUCAGGCCUGGCGCGAGUCUGGAUGAUCGACUUCGGAAAGACGGUUCCUCUUCCUCCACACCAGAGACUGGACCAUCGCACUCCGUGGAACGAAGGCAACCGUGAAGAUGGAUACCUGUGGGGAAUGGACAACUUAAUCGAGAUCCUCGGCUCCAUGAUUCCGGACAAAUCGUACGUCGAGCCAUGAAUGGAGCGCUCACUGUUCAGUGGAUCAGGGGCCGUAGACACUUUCUAGACCAGAUAACUGUUGCUACUGGCUUCGUGCUUGGAGAAAGAAAAACAGAAAACAUGGAAAAGAAGGAGAAGAAACGUCGGAGUGCCUUAGCAGACUCGGGAGCAGGAUGCAUGCACCACGUAUGCAGUGUCUGUGCACAAUUGAACCAAAAGUACAGCCUUUUGUUUUUUUGUUUUUAAAGCUGGUUUGUACGU